AACCAUAACACGCCGCUAGGGGCAGUAGAGAGCUGACAGAGCGCAUUUCAAAAGGUGUCAUCAUUUUUUAUUGGAAAAAAGUACCGCUUCGUGCGAUCAUGUGCCGAGGAUUCAGCUGUCGGAUGCCCUGAAACAUGUUUUUCGAGGUAAGUGAUCACUCGCGUUCAUCCGGGCACGCUGCUCUGCUGUCAGAUUUCGCGCUUGACUUCACUUUGUGUCGUGCAGUGAGGCUGAAAUCUGCGAUCAGCUCAUCUUUGACUGAUCGUGCAAAGAAAUCAUCACAGGCUGUCUCAUUAUAAUACAAUUUAUAUUGAUUUAGACUCGGGUCAUUAAAAAAAAUCAACAAAUGCUCCUUAAAUUCCUAUUAAUGCAGAGUUCUCCUCGUUUUCAGUAAAGAGCAGCUAGCGAGACUUAACAUCUAAUUAUAUCAAGUGGACAACGUUAGCUGAGGUUAGCUAGCAGAGAUAAUGUGCUCAAUCAGUGUCAUGCAGGUGAGUUACCUUUAUUAAGAGUCAGGUACCGGAGCUAUCUCUGUGUGUGUGAGAGACACGUAACGUUACUGUGCGUGUGAAGUAUUCUGUAACGUUACCUUUGUUUGUUGUAAUGCUCCUUUAACAGUUAAGUUGUCAACACAUAGCGUCUCGUCGGAAGAAUAUGGCGGUGAAGUGGCCUGGUGGAGGAAUUGAUGUAGCUUAGUUUGCCGCUUGUUUUACGGUGUAAACAAAGUCCUAAAACAGCGUGUACGCCACCUGCACCGUGGAGACCGGGGCGGCGGUCAAACUACCGGGAACCGUUAAACUCUUCUUCUCCACUCCGCUCUACCUCUGCGCCCUCUUCUUCUGCCGGACUCUAACGGUGCCCUGCCAGCUGUUUGACUCAGCACUGCCCCCCGCAGGUUGUUAACGGAAACACAGCAAGGUUUAAACAUGAUGCUAAAAUAAUACUGGCGGGAUUAGAAACCAAGAAUACUUUAAAAACACGCAAUGAAACCAUUUAACCUUCCUCCUGUGUUAGCUUUAAGUACGCACCCACCAUGUGUCUUAAAUCAGCUGUAAAUUACACUAAAAACAAUUCUCUAUCAUCCAAUUUAGUUCUCAUCUCUGUGGGUUACCUUGUUAGGCUUCAUUAUCCAUGAAAAUAUUGCUUAUAAUAUUUUUUGUUGUGGUCCUCUGGGUCUUUCUUUGUCAGUAUACCCCUCACACAGACAUCUAUACUGAAUUGAUCUCACACGCUUGAACAUUCCCUUUGUUUUUUGUGCAGGGAAAAACAUGGAAAAAUGAGAAUUUGCUAAAUCACACAUGAUUGGAAGAGGAUCUGACUGCCAGUGCACAUAUGAUUUUAGGUUUUGCGCUAAUUUUUACAGAUAAAUCUAACCGAGUCAAAAGCACCCUAACAUGACAGGUGCCAUAAGUUUAAUAAGAGCAUUUUAUAAUUUAGUCAAUUUAAAUUUUUAUGUUUAUUUUGUUGAAAUAGAGGUUCCUGACAAAGUCAAAAAGUCUUGAUGCAAAAAAGCUUAUUCAAGUGGAUCUUUUAAGCAUUUUAAAAUGAAACUCAAGACCUACCGUUUUUAUCUGGCUUUCAGUUAAAUUUUGUUUUAAUCUUUUAAUCUGCAUUAUGUGAUUUUACCCUAUUUUAGUUGUUGAGUAACACUUUUACUUUAUUACCUCUUUUUAAUUUACUUUCUUUUAUUGUUUGAUUCUUUGACUGUUCUAUUUAAUUAACUCUUAACGUUUUAUCACCUUAAUUAUAUUUUAUCAUGGUUUAAUUGUUUUAGUCCUUGAUCCAGUGUGUGUGUGUGUGUGUGUGUGUGUGUGUGUGUGUGUGUGUGUGUGUGUGUGUGUGUGUGUGUGAGAGAGAGAGAGAGAGAGAGAGAGUGUAUGUAAGUGUCUAAUGUGUUGAAUGGGGUUUGGGUGGGUGGGGUCUGGUAUUUGUAUUUUUAUGUAUUUUAUUUCAUUGUUUCUAAUAUUCUGCUUGAAUGGACAGCACUUUGUGCUAAAUCAUAUGUAUGAAAAGUGCUUUACAAAUAAAGUCUGAUUGGUGAAAUACAAAAACGUAAAUGUACAAUACCUUAUAUACUUGAGCAAAAAAAAAAACCUUCGUUUAGUUUGUGCAAUAUAAUAAUGGCAGUAGAUAGUCAGAGUUGAGCCAAAACUUUUAGUUUUUUCAUUGUCUUUUCAAUCAACAGUGCAUCAGAAUUCACAUUUUUUCUUUGUACAUCUAGAAGCAGCAUUUGAACAGCAUCUUUCCAAGCUUGACUCUCAAAUAAAAAUGAUGGCAUCAAAAUGAGCAAAGUUUGAUCCAGAAUGGCCUUUAUUAGAGGUAUGAGAAGGGUGAAAAGCAACUCAACUUUAUUUAUGGAUCCAUGUGUUUUUACUGUUUGACUACCUUUAAGAACCAGAGUGUGAAGCAUUGAACCUUGCUUUACAUGUUACUUGACACCAUUUACCCAGCUAGCAAGUUGCAGUCAAGCUUUUCAACAACUGCAGAGCAGCCAGUUGAUUGGAUGAUAUCGACCCCAUGAAAACCCUCAAUUUUUACCAAGUGAGUUUAUCCAAACUCUAAUCCACUCAAAAUAUUUAACAAUUAAUUUAGGCUACAUUUAUUUAAUAGGCCAAUCAUGUUUCAAGCAAUUACAAGCCAAAAAUUCUCAAUUGAGAUGACGACUGUUGUGAAUUGGCGCUAUAUAAAUAAAAUUUGAUUGAUUGAUUGAUUGAAUAAGUUCCUUAAAAUAAGUUUUGCAUAUUGUUUCAAGAAACCUUUCAAGUAAAAUUUGCUUACAGCAUUUGCGUCCACUUUCACUUAUUUAAAACAAUUAAGCUCUUUUUUUGUCUAAUCAAGUCUCUAUGCACCAUUACCCAUGACUCUAGUGCACAGGAAACAUCUGUAAAGUGUAAGACUCUGCAAAAAAAUUUAGUUUCUCCCCCAUAGAAAGAUGCAAAGUCAAAAUCCCUCCACACAUUGGGGCUUUUUAUACUCUUUCCAUCCUUUACAAAGUGCUGCAACAGGCUACUCUUUGAAUUGAUGUAGAUAUCUUGAGUAACAUACUAUAGUUGUCCCAUCUUUCUCAAAAACACUUUGUUUUAAUACAAGAAAAACUACAUUUAAAGACACUUUAACAAUUUGAACCGCCUUUGUUUGCAUUUCUGCACUCAGCCUUUCUCUAUAUAAAGAGGUAAAGAGGUAAACAGAAGAAGUUUGUGAGGGGAAAACAAGUGUGUCCUGUAAAUGUUUGAUAAACCUGUUGCUCAAGUUAAGAGCUGACUCUGCCCUGUGCAUGUCUUCACCUGGUUUCACUAAAGGGCUGUUACCAUAGAGACACUGUUCACUCAAAAGGCAGAAAGUCAAGUGACGGGUCUGAAGUCUUAGAUCUUUGCUGCUUGUCUGUGAAGACACAGCAAAACACAUGCAGCAGAGGAGUGUGCCCUUGCACAUGUUUGUGUGCUGAAGAAUGACUGACUGAAGGUUUUCUUUUGAUGCAGAACUCUGCAUGGGCGAAUCAACAAAGUCAAGGGACCACAGCUUUGAUUCCUAUGACUCCUAAGAGACCUCAGCAGUGGCUGCAAGUGGUUGGACAUGCAGGUUUGUUUACUGGGACUUACUUUGGUUUCAUUUGGCAUCUUUGGGGGAGGAAAUUAUUGCUUAAACGACAUUAUUCAAAAGUAAUAUAACUUCUGUUUUGCUUAUAUUCACAGGGAGUUUUCAUGUUGGGGAUUAUGGCACAUUACUGAAGAGGUUUUGUGAGGGGGAGCAGCAAUGUUACCUCCGACUGAUGGAUGACUCUCUGAGGCCCUUUGUUCCAGCUUACCAUGGUGUGGUGCAGCGGGAUGAGCAGGAUUACAACAUGAUGGAUAACUUACUGACCCAAUUUAACAUGCCCUCCAUCAUGGACUGCAAGAUGGGCACUCGGUAUGUUUAAGCAAGGCAGGUUUUGUGACUGAGAGCAGGUGGAUAAGUUUUGGGGGGAGGGGUUGAGAAAAUUUGAUAAGGUAGAGCUUCAGUGCUGUGCUUAUUGUCAAAAAGGCAUCAAGUAUGUAACAUUGAAGGAUUAACAUCUUUAAGGAUUACUCGUGGUCUCAGCAGAAAUCUAAAUAGGUUGGGAGACAAUUUAUAAAACACAGAAGCCAUGAGUUUAACAUUUGUUUUAUCUCGUUGGAGGUCUUAGAAAAGGGAAAAUAUAUCUCUUUCAGCUUCACUUGAAACUAAUGAGUCUUAAUUGGAGCAGAAAGUCUUGAAUGUACAACAAAUCUCCUCCAGUUAUAAUAAGGUGUCAACCUUCACAGCACAUACCUCGAGGAGGACUUGGUGAUUGCUCGAGAACGGCCUCAGCCUCGUAAAGACAUGUACGAGAAGAUGGUGGCAGUGGACCCGGAAGCCCCAACGGUCCAGGAGCGAGCCCAGCAGGCGGUACUGAAGACUAGGUACAUGCAGUGGAGGGAGACGCUGAGCUCCACAACAACUCUUGGUUUCCGUAUUGAAGGGUUCAAGGUAAAGUGUGUCAGGUCAUUGAGCUAAUACUGCAGAUCUCUCUGUUGAUAGUGCAACGGUGUCAAGAUGAUCAGUGUUGUGUAUCUUCUGUGUUUCCAAGAGCAGAAGGCAAAUGAAGAAUGUCACACAAACUUCAAAAGGACCAAAAGCAGAGAACAAGUGAUGGAAGCUCUUGAAAACUUUGUCAACUCUAAUCCGACCAUUGUGGUAGGUGUGGCCUUCAGUAACUUUCUUUUUUUUUCUUUUCUCAUAUAUAAAUGUUGUAUCCUCUCCUUCAGUGGGGCUAUCUCAGACGACUAAAACAGCUGCGGCAGGUCUUGGAGGCAUCAGACUUCUUCAAAAGACAUGAGGUCAGUUUAAGAGCGUAAUCUUAAUCAGAUGAAGGAGAAUUUUCUGUUAAAUCAAACUCUUGCAUCGUUUAAUUUUUUCUCCACUGGCUCACACGUACAGGUUGUGGGCAGUUCCUUACUGUUCGUACAUGACUGGACAGGAAGGACAGGAGUGUGGAUGAUUGACUUUGGAAAGACGGCUGCCCUUCCUUCACACCUCACAUUGGACCACCGCACUCCCUGGGUAGAGGGCAAUCGAGAAGAUGGCUACCUGUGGGGUCUCGACAACCUCAUUGAUAUACUGACCAGUAUGCUACCAAUGCCAUGAACGCCAGUUUGUACAUCUGUUGAAACUGAGUUUCGGUUACAGGUGGACUGCCAAUUAAAAGCUGAUGCUGUGAAAGGACUUUGUCUUGGGGGGGAAAGUGUGAUUAGAUGUGAACAUAUUAGGAAAAAUGUGUUAACAACCAAAUUCAUUCCAGAUUUAUUUUGUAUAUUAGGCACACAGUAAUGCUCAAAGGCCUAUACUGUGAAACCUCCAAACAAUUUGACGCUGAGCUUUACUGUGUGCUUAACAUGCUCCCUGUCUCCAGCCUUGUCUGACCCUACAGUCUUGAGAUGUUCAGUAUUUCAGGAAAAAUGAGGAAAUAGCAUUUAUAAGCUCAGAACAUGGCUGUCCUCUCUGGCCUCAGAUGAUCAGAUCAUUGUCACCCAUUGUCAUUAAAAUGGUGCUAAAACUUUGAUGCUGUGAAGUGGACUUGUUUUCUGCAUUUCUUUACAGUAGGUUAUGUAACUAAACCAUUCAUACUAUAUGUCUAUUCAUUUAUUUUUUAUCAUUGUUUGCCUCAAUGUUUUUAUCAUAAACAUAAAAAGUUGCAUGGUAGUUUGGUUGUAAAGAUGUUCAUGCCAUCCAUAUAGUAGAAACCAGUAUCAUGCAGGGUUUUCCUUGUGGUCCAACUACAUUAAACCUGAUUACAUCUCAAGUUACUCGUAUAAUUUUAAAAAAUGUUAAUUCUAGUCUUGUGUUGGACAUUGUUUUGAAAAGAGCUUUAACAUAAGAAUUAAUGUUUUAGCACAGGCUGUGAAAGACAUUUUUGGAGUCUUUAUGUUGUCACCCAUUCGGUUCUGAAGAGACCAUCUUAGGCUCAGGCACCAUAUUAGAAAUACAUCGCUCUAGAUCAACUUAGACAUGAGCAAAGAGUUGAAGUUGAGGCAGGCUUUUGAUCUCCCGGCAAAAAGCUGCACAGCCUCCUCCUGUAAGUCAAUUUAUCUGUGCCCCUUAUUGUUUAAACUUGUGCACAACUCUUAGUCUCUAUGUUAUCUUAAUGGAUAUAAAAGUUUUCCCCUGUACAGUGUGUAUGAAUAAAGUACAGAGCCACAUCUUUACUGUUUUUUUUAACCAGGCUGUGAACACGUUUGUCUUGUAAAAAUGAACAUAUUAACAUUAAGCCUAAUGGAGAAUUCUUGUUUUAUGUGGACAACCUCAAGUGGACUCUUGAGGAAUUGCAGGUUUUAGCAUUUCCUCUAAUUUCACCACCCAGGGGACUGGGCCUGGUUUAUAACUGUGCUGGCUGUAAGUGUUGGUUAUUUGAGUGUUCAGCCGAAAUGUUCUCAUUGUAUGAAACAGCAUUUGGUGGACCACUGAAGAUAGUCCUGAAUCAGUUUAUGAUUCCUGACUUGAACUCCUUAAUGCUCACUUUGAGAAAAGUGUCUUGACUAUUGUGGGAAAGUACAACUCCAAAAAAAAAUCAAAAAACUUUGAUUUUAACAAUAGUUUAUGACAUUUCCAGGAUGUGUGCAUAUCAGAUCUUAGCAUUUUAAAUUGAAGUGUGAAAUGGUCUACAGUAAGUUAACAUGUAAGCAGGAUAAGACCUGUGGUGAGAGUUUAGUAUGCCACCUUCCCCAGUGUUUUUUUUUUUUUUUUUGUCACAUAUUUUGAAUAGAGAGUUUCGGAUGUGAUCAAACAUUUCUUAUCUACCUUUUCUUUUCUGCAGCUCUCCAUUGACUCACACUUUUUAGUGCAAAUUCGAUCGACUUGUCGAGGUACUUGUAUUCUCUCAUGUGACUCCAGACAUUAUCCUGGUACAUGGAGGUUGAUAUUACUUGAUGUUUCUACUGCUUGUUAAAAUAUUUAAUACCAGCCAUUCUGAAAAUCCCCAACUUCAUACAUACUGUAACAGCCGAUCUGUCAACAGGAGACAAAGAUGCCAGUUUGCAGAUUUGAAUAAAGCCUUUUGAUUAAA